AUGCCAAUUCCAGAAUGGAAGUGGGAAAUGAUAGCUAUAGAUUUCGUGGUUGGUCUCCCCAAGACCUUGGGAAAGUUUGAUUCUAUUUGGGUGGUGCUUGACAAACUGACUAAGUCAGCCCACUUCAUUCCAGUCAGAGUAGACUAUAAUAUGCAGCAGUUGGCUAAGGUGUAUGUGAAGGAGAUAGUGAGGUUGCACGGAGUUCCCCUUCCUAUCAUUUCAGGUUGUGGUACACAGUUCACAUCCAAGUUUUGGGGAAAAUUGCAUAAGGAGUUAGACACUCAAUUCACUUUUAGCAUAACCUUCCAUCCGCAAAGGGACGGGCAGUCAGAGAGGGCUAUUCAAGCUUACCACUCCCACAUUGAUAUGGCACCGUUCGAGGCACUUUUUGGGAGAGGAUGUAGAUCACCCAUAAGAUGGUUUGAGGUUGGAGAUGUUAAACCUUUGGGGUUUGAUUUGGUGAAGGAUGCUCAGGAUAAGGCCAGUGAACAAGUUCUUCUUCUAGUGUCACCUAUAAAAGGGCUGAGGAGAUUCCGCAAGAAGGGCAAGUUUAGUCCUCGAUACAUUGGACCAUUUGAGAUUCUUCACUGUGUAGGGCCAUUGGCUUAUAGGUUGGCCUUACCUCGUAGCUUAUCUGGAGUUCAUCUAGUGUUUCAUGUGUCCAUGUUGAAGAAGUAUCAUGGGGACAGUGAUUACAUAAUAAAAUGGGACUCAGUUUUGUUAGAUAAAGACAUUCAGUAUGAAGAGGAACCAGUAGCAAUCCUUGAUCGUGAUAUCUGA